CGCGUAGAUGAAGUAGAAUACCAUUUUAAUGCGUACAUUGUUAUUUUUAUAAAUAUCACUAGUUCCAGAUAAAAUGAUAAAAAUAAGUACGUAUAUGUGAAAUAUUAUCAAUGAUAAUCUCAAGGAGUUCGAUAUCAUUUGUGUAUUAUCUAGUUUUGUGGAUUUAAUUGAAACCAUUCGAAGACAACUGUAUUCAUACGGUUAAUAAUAUGAUUAUAUUUAUAAAAUAAGCCGCGUAAUGACGCCCCCAAUAUUGUGAUACAAUACUUAUAUUUAAUCUUAAAUUUUCUAGUAUUCGUUAACCUGUUAAAGUUAUGCCGUGUGAGAUAUAGCGAUAAAGUGUUAUCGUCACAAUAGCUCCACUGCGAUUAAACGAUUUAUACAGGUGUGACGUUAGCGCUCGCAGCUGAUAACUAUUUCAAUAGCCAUGUGGAAUAGUUUAGGAAAUUUUGUCCUUUGUUGUGUAAAGUGAAUUUCAAGUGUUUUGAUAAUAAUUAUUUUAAUGUGUGAAUAUGGAUAGAUUGAAGCAGAAGUUAAAAAAAGAAAAACAAGUGAAAGAUAGUGGUAAAGAUAAACAAAGUCUAUUUAUUACUGACGUGAAAAGUAUAAAGGAAAAUCUCAAGAUAAAGGAAAUAUUACGAAGCGUCAAAAUGAAUAGUAGUAUGAGGUUAAAAGGUCCACCUGGUAGCAAAAUUAUGAAUAGCAAAGAUUUUAAUGAGGAGGAUUGUUUUGAAGAAUCUUCAAACAACCAAAAUUCAAUCGAGCCUCUAAGUGCAUUUAAUCCAGACGUGGAUGUCACGAAAGCUGAUUUAGAAAAUCAAGUUGAAAGAGAAGUAAAUAGCAGUGAAAAUGAAUUGUCUCCAGAAGUUUUAAAUAUAAACAAAAUUGAAAUAUCAGAAGCAAGUGAUGAUACUCCAAAUGAGGCUCAAAGUGAAAAAAAUAAUUCUCUAAAUAAUACUCAAAGCGAUAUAGACGAUAAUGAUGAAAUAGCUAAUUUAACUGCGUCUUUAUCUAAUGGAAAACUUAUUGAAAAGAAUCGAGAUAGAAAAUUAUCCCUAGACCAUACUAUGUUAUCUAGACAGGAUGGUUUCUCUCAAUCUGAAUUAGAUUUACAUACAAUCGGGAAAUCUCCACUUGAAAGGAAAUAUUCAUUCUUUAGGAAGAAAAUGGACAGUUUUGUUAGAAACACGACCGAAAUGUUUAGAAGACAAAAUAGUUUUUUACAACGUCGUGGUUCAAUGUCAGUUUCACUUCAAUCAUUAAACGAUAAGUGUAAUAGUAGUGAAACUAGUGAAACGAAAUGUCCACCACCACAGGAUCAGGAGCCACAUGGAAGCAGAACAAGUUUGCAAAUACCGCCGUCUCCAAUAGUGCGCAGUACCUCCAGCUUAUCAUUGAUGCAGAGCGGAAACCUGCCGAGCUCGUCAUCACAAAACAGCCUAGCUGGAAGCCAGCCUGCACUGCAUGGUCUAAAUAGGGCGGAUUCUGAAGAAUUACACUCCAAUUCUCAUAGCGUACACAGCUUAAACGAGUUUUAUUUAAAAGAAGCAAUGUUGAAAUCCCGGGCUAUCUCGAUGAGUUCCGGACUGGACGCUCCGUUCCGCCAGCAAAGCAGGAAGGCAUCGCGAUCGAAUAGAUCGACAUGGAUCGCAAGCGAAUGUUUAGCUAAUUCCACGCUAAGAAAGAUACAAGACGAGCAUAACGAGAUGCAGACCUGCCAUUCCUACCAAGAUUUUUCUAGUAUACCAGAAAAUGAAUUGUACAGCCAAAUACCCGAUAACAAGGGUCGGAGGCUAUCCUAUCAACGCGCGGUUUCCGGAGAGGAUCCGAUGCCUAUGCAGUUAAAGUACCAAGAUUCCACGUUAAGAAAAAAACAUCAAUUUCCAGAAAGUUACGAGUCUCGUUAUGAGCUGGCUAAUAUUUUGGCGGAGUACACCAAACACGGCGUGCCUACACUACGAGGAUUUGACAUCACGCCUGUUCCCGAAGAAGCCUACGCGUACCUCCUGUGGGCCACCAAGGAGGAGAACUACGAAGAAUUUUUCAACUGGAAAACUUUACCAGAUAAAGAACAGUCAAGGCAAGCUGUUAUAAAGGAAUUUAUUUUCACGGAGGCGGAGUACAUGAAACAUUUGAUGACUUUGAUCGAGGUUUACAUUGGUGCGGCGCACGGUGUACAAAACAGAGGAAAAAUGUUAAAUAUCGAAACGGCAAAAUUGUUUUCUAACUUGCCCGAUGUGUUAAACGCCAGCCUUUCUUUCUGGCAUCUGGCUUACGUGCCUAUGUUAGCGGAUGCUAUUCAAAAUUCAAGACCUUUCAACAUGCAAUUUAUGUCCAAUGGUUUCUCGUUAUUUAGAGAAAUCUUUGUACCAUAUGAAAAAUUUGUCGUUGAACAAGGUAAACUUCUAGAAUACUACCGCAAGAAACAGCAAACGGAAGCUGAUUUCGCAAUGUUUCUAACAUGGUGUCAUAGCCAUAAAGAAUGUAAUAGACUUCAGUUGAAUGACUACUUGGUAAAGCCAAUGCAACGUAUGACCAAGUAUAGUCUUAUAUUAGAGAGGAUUCUUAACCAUACUGAUGACGCCGAUGAGUAUAUGGCUAUUAAAGUUAUGGUAAAAUUGGCGAAAAAUAUUCUUGUUGACCUAAACCGUUCUGUACGGCAACGUGACGAAUUAGACCAAUUGGACCUUCUGGAAAACUCCAUUGAAGGCUUCACUAUCGGUAUGAAAGACGACGAUGUUGAAAAAAUUUGCAAAUCGCUUGGCAAAUUGAAUGUAAAAGCCCCUAUGCUCUACUGCCUCCCAAUCCACAAACGAAACCUCAUUCAUCAAGGAGAACUUCGCUUCCGAGAUGGCGCUAAGGAGAUUGAUGUCCGUGUAUUGCUUCUUACUGAUAUGCUUCUAGUUUGUCGGAAACUAGCUAGAGGCAAAGCUUAUCAGUAUAAGCAGAUUAGGCCUAAAUACAUGAUUGACAAGUUGGUUCAGAUCCCGAAAUUCGUUGGAAAGAAUAACAAAAAUAUCUCGUGCCUCUUAUACGUACUGGUGGAUGAUCUAGGGUCCCCAUGCACCAGUUUCUGCCUCUCCGAGAUGCCAAAGGACCCUAAACCUCAAAGGACCCUAAAAACGUGGGAAUUGAAAUUUAAGGAGGCAAAGUUGACUUAUGAACUAGUUACAUUGAUGUCUAAAAAUCCCGACAGGGAAAUCGAUAAAGCUGCAGUGAGCAGAUUUGUCGGAUUGACAAAUAUAAGGUCAAGUAAAGAGGACAAAAUUGUAGAGACUGAGGCACGCGAACGCGUUGCCACAAUGAUCCAUCGGAGCAUAGGGGCUCCAAAUGAUCGCAACUUUUUACCGACAUCUUGGAAUAUCCAAACAUUCGACGGUAUACCUUACGCUGACAAUCAAAUUCUUAUGGGCGCAAGCAUUCGCCAAACUGGGCGCCAUAGAAAAUGUAGUGUCGUGCAUCGCACUUCAAUUAUACGUCACACGGCUGAUGCUUCUUCUCAAGUGUCUCAACCAGUCAGUUAUCAACUACCGACAAGUUCGCAGUCGCACGAUGAGCUACAGAGUGGCCCCAAGCGGGUGGUUAAGCGCAUCAGUAUUUCUCCGGAUCGACUGCUACCGCCACUGCCCGACACAGCGGGUGGUUCAUCAAUCACAGUUCGGGUGACCGAGAGCGAGUCUGAAAUAGCGAGGCUACAAACAACAACAUCGAUGCAAUUAUCGCCGUCAAAGAGUUCGGAAUGCUCUGUUAGCACGCAAAGUACCCUGCGCGUGCAGCCACAGAACAACGUCGCGACACUUAUUUACAGCUUGCCUGAUCUGACUAUUGAACCCAGUACACCAAGAACCACAUCAAGCCCUACACAACCGACAGCAUCAGAAAGGAUGUACCAAUCACACCAUGAAGUUUUAGAAAGGAAUCGUCUGAUGACGACUCAAACGCAACAAUACCUCACACCUGACAGUCGAGGAUCUAGCUAUCCACCUCCAAGUCCUACCAGGGGAUCGUUAAAACGUAGUCUUGCGUUCUCAUACUCAUUCAAAAAUCCACCACUGUCUAAAAUGGGUCACGUGAGCAGUCAGUCGCAGCUAGACACUAUUCAGUAUAGUCAAUCACAGGAGGAACGAGGGAGCAGUCCGAAGCCGGGAACUUCCGAAAAAAGUGAUAAGAAAUCGAAACUUUCCAGCAGCAGGAGUACAACUAGAGAAGAAGACGAUAGUAAAUCCGAUCCUUGUCACAGCCGUAAAGGCGAGAUUCCGGGCCGUAGCCGCACAGAUGAAUCGCCAGACCCAUCCCGGAGAGUUGAAAGCUCCUGUUCUAGCUACAGAGACGAGAGCCCUGGAACUAGUUACACUGACAGGAGUAUUAGGGACAGAAGCACAAGUCCUAGUCAUAAAGAAAUAAGUUCUCACUACAGCCCUGGUCAAAGCCAAAGAGAUAGUUUCGACCGAAGUAGUAUAGAAAUCAGUUCAGGUCCACGUCAUAAAGAAAAGAAACCUGGCUCAAUGCCAUGGUCAGAUAGAAAAAUUAAAGCUAAAAAACGUAAAGAAAAAUAUCAAAGUGGCCGGGGAAGCAAGAGCUCUGGUUCCAUGAAGAAAGAAAAGAGUCUUAGUUUCAGUAUUAAAGAUGGAAGCUACGACUCCAGUCAUAGAGACAGUUUCAGUCCCAGUCAUAAAGAUGAAACAUAUUCAGACCAAAAAGAGGUAGGUCCCGUCUGCAUAGAUAGUAAAACUGAUAAUUAUCCAAGACAAGAAUCAUCGAGCCUCAGCUUCGAGCAUAUUGAGUAUCUAGACGAAGAACCUAGUGAUAAUGAGAAGAGCCCUAAGACAAGCCACAUCCCUGAAACCGUAAAUGUUAAAAUCGAAAUUAUUGAUCACAAUCAGAAAGACAAACCGCAAAGCUCUAGUUCUAGUCCUAGCUGUGAUGAUAAAUGGCAAAGCCUCAAAGAGUUUCCAAAAAUGAUUCAAAAAGAACCAAUUAUGAAAGAACCGAUCCCUGGAUUGAGUCGUGAUAUUUUCAUGACUAGUAUUAGUACUAUUUCAGAGAUGUCUCAAGAUGAAUCUACUCUAACUGAAUAUGUAGAUUCUAGUUACAGCAGAUGACAGCGUCGAUGGUUUAGGAGGGACCCUGAACCUAAAACAUCAAAAUGGCACUGGCCAUUCAAAUGGUGCAAGUAAUUUCGUCCCUCUAAAAUAAACCAAUAAGAAAACUUAUAUUUGGACUCAAUAUAGACUAAUGAAGUGAAUAAAUGUUAUUAACUAUAAUGUGAUUAAUUGGCUAGUUGAAUAUUAACUUAUUAUUAGAGUAAAACCCAAAGUGUAGAACAUUUUUCAAUAAGGUCUAAAAGUCGACGGUAAAAUUAUUGACUUAAUUAUUUCAUUCCUGCUUCGGACCUUUUUUAAUUCUAAUAAUUGUAGCCGUCCUUAUGUGUUGCUACAUAAAAAAAUAAAAUUUAUUUAUUAUAUAAUAUAAGACUAAUAUUUCUAAGCUUAAAAAGCUUAUUAGCGCUUUAAGUUUUAGAUACAAUUAAAAUGCCAUGUGAUAUUUUACUUUUACUCAGAUUAAUGUUGUUACGCUAUUAUUUAGAGAACGCUAUUAUAACGUAAGCUCUUAACGUAUUUAUGAAGUUGUAAAUUAAAAAAAUAUAUUAUUGAAUAGAAAGGCAAAUG